AUGGGGAAAGGAGGACGUGAGAGAAAAUCAAAGAAAGAAGAAGAAGAAGGAGUGAUGAUGAUGGCUAAAGAUUUCUUCUGGUCUUACACUGAUGAGCCUCAUGCCUCGAGAAGAAGACAGAUUCUGUCUCGUUAUCCUCAGAUUAGACAACUCUUUGGUCCUGAUCCUUGGGCUUUCCUCAAGAUCACAUUAGUCGUUAUCCUUCAACUCGCAACAGCUGCAAUCCUUCACAACUCAGGAUGGCUCAAGAUUCUAACCAUUGCUUACUUCUUUGGUUCAUUCCUUAAUCACAAUCUCUUCUUAGCAAUCCAUGAGCUAAGUCACAACCUCGCAUUCUCUACUCCGGUUUACAAUGGCUGUCUCGGUAUUUUCGCCAAUCUCCCAAUCGGCGUACCAAUGUCAGUAACAUUCCAAAAAUACCAUCUCGAACAUCAUCGGUUCCAAGGCGUAGACGGUAUUGAUAUGGACGUUCCUACUUACACAGAAGCUCAUUUAGUAACAAACAUCUUUGCUAAAUCCAUUUGGGUUUUGUUACAACUCUUCUUUUACGCUCUUCGUCCGUUAUUCAUCAAACCAAAACCACCCGGUUAUUGGGAAUUCAUCAAUUUCUUCAUUCAAAUCGGUCUAGAUGUAUCCGUUGUUCUCUUCUUCGGAUGGAGAUCUUUCGCGUAUCUAAUCUUAUCGACAUUUGUUGGAGGCGGAAUGCAUCCAAUGGCGGGUCAUUUUAUCUCGGAACAUUAUGUAUUUAACCCGAAUCAAGAGACUUAUUCGUAUUACGGACCAUUGAAUCUACUAACAUGGAGUGUUGGGUAUCAUAACGAGCAUCAUGACUUCCCGAGGAUACCGGGACAUAAGCUGCAUUUGGUGAAGGAGAUUGCACCUGAGUAUUAUCAAGGAUUGGAGUCAUAUAAGUCAUGGUCACAAGUGAUUUAUAUGUAUAUUAUGGAUACAACAGUUGGACCUUUUAGCAGAAUGAAGAGGAAGCUCUCAACUACAACUACACAUAAGUCUGACUAA